UUUAUCGGGCUCGAAGUACGUACGCUACCAUUUCGUGCACGACAACAAAACGGGGAGAGACCAAGUUGAAUAACUGUCAUUAUAACACUGGAGAAAACCAUAAUUCGGAAAGUUAAGGAUAUAUUAAAAGAAGUAAAACAAUGACAACCUUAAGGCAGCUACCAAAGAAGUUUGGCUGUUUGUUACGACAUGGUUCAAGGAGACAGUUCUCAGUCACAACAAGGGCCUCCGCAGGAGUAAAUUUUGAAUUAUCAGAUGAACAGAAAGAGUAUAAAGAUUUGGCCCGGAAAUUUUGCAGGGAGGAAAUAGUCCCCAAUGCUCCACAUUAUGAUAAAACAGGGGAGUACCCUUGGGAUAUCAUCAAGAAAGCUCACAGUCUUGGUCUGAUCAACAUGCACAUUCCCAAGGAACAGGGGGGUUUGGACCUGGGAAUCUUUGACACUUGUCUGGUCACUGAAGAACUGGCCUAUGGCUGCACAGGAAUCCAGACUGCCAUAGAGGCAAACUCAUUAGGGCAAAUGCCUGUGAUAAUUGCUGGUAACAAAGCUCAAAAGGACAAAUACCUCACUCGUAUGAUCGAGGAGCCAUUGAUGUGUGCAUACUGUGUGACAGAACCAGGGGCAGGGUCAGAUGUAGCAGGGAUCAAGACCAGAGCGGUCAAAAAAGGGAAUGAUUAUGUUCUCAAUGGCCAGAAAAUGUGGAUCACAAAUGGCGGACAUGCUAACUGGUACUUUGUUUUGGCCCGGACGGCAGAGGACCCAAAGACGUCUGCAGGCAAAGCCUUCACAGGGUUUAUUGUGGACAGAGACACCCCCGGAAUCACAGUGGGCAGAAAGGAGUGGAAUAUGGGACAGAGAGCUUCUGAUACCCGAGGAAUCACUUUUGAGGAUGUGGUUGUUCCAGCAGAGAAUGUAUUGGGCUCAGAAGGAAUGGGAUUCAAGGUUGCAAUGGGAGCAUUUGAUAAGACAAGGCCACCGGUGGCUGCUGGGGCUGUAGGUUUGGCCCAGAGGGCUUUGGAUGAAGCCACCAAGUACUCCAUGGAGAGGAAAACGAUGGGAAAACUCAUUUGUGAGCACCAAGCUGUUGCCUUUAUCCUGGCUGACAUGGCCAUUGGUGUAGAGGCAGCCCGUUUAUCUACCAUGAGGGCUGCCUGGGAGAUUGACCAGGGGAGAAGGAACACUUACUAUGCUUCCAUCGCCAAGGCUCUGGCUGGGGAUGUUGCCAACAAAUGUGCCACUGAUGCUGUACAGGUGUUUGGAGGAAAUGGCUUCAAUUCUGAUUAUCCAGUUGAGAAACUGAUGAGGGAUGCAAAGAUUUAUCAGAUCUAUGAAGGAACAGCCCAGAUUCAGAGAGUAAUCAUAUCUAGAGAAUUACUGACACAAGCCAAUAGCUAGGAUAAUCAAACAAUCUGGUACUGUCGCAGAUUAAAUGGCAGUUUGUGAUACUAUGCUACAUGAAUGUAAUUUAGACAGAUACAGUGUAUUGACUCCAUUAUAUAUAACUUAUUUCAAUGCAAAUUACAUGCAUAUUUGAUGGGAGGGAUAACAAAUUGUUAAAAUAAAUUUAUCUUGUUAUAUUCUUGAAUCAUUUGAUACUGGUAGCUAGUAAUUAUAUAUUUCAUUACUCAUAUCUUUUUUCUUAUAGAAAUAAACAUGAUUCAUGAUAAA